GCAGAGUUUCCUGCUUUUCUCAGAACAGUGGGCGGGAGUAACAGGUAGGAGAGACGGCAUAAAUGACCUGCGCUGUAACUCUGACCAGCUCUGGAUCUCCUUUCUAACUAAGUGAAGAGUUUUGCUGCUUUCCUUUUCUCGGUCCUUGUGUUAUCUGCUGCAGCGAUCCUCUCUUCCAGAGACAGUCAUGCUGUACACUGAGCUGAUCCGGUUAUGGGACGAGGCAGUGCGAGCCGUGGACAACCGAGACUGGGACAGUGCCCUCGCCAAUCUCGUACAGAUCUCUGAGCCCACGUCCCGUACCCUGUUCGUCACCGCGUCUGUCCACCUCGCUUUGGGUCAGCUGGAGGAAGCGAUUAAAGAUCUGGAUCAGGUGAUUGCUAAAGACGAGAGGCUCGCUGUGGGCUUUUUCCAAAGAUCUGCAGUGCACAUGAUGGCAGGAAGACUGGAGGAGGCUUUAGGAGACUGUAUUUGGGCGCAGAAGCACAUGAGAGCCAAUGCUGUCAUUGACUACAAACAGCUGGGACUGCGCUAUAGACUCUACAGCUGGCAGGUUCUCUAUAAUGCAGCAGCUGUGCACUGUAGACUAAAUCAGUGGAAUAAAGCUACAGAGAUCCUGCAGGCUGCUUUACAGGAAGGAGGAGGAAGAGGAGGUCAAGUCGACUCGGCCAUGCAGAAUGUAGAAAACAAGGAGCUGAUUGCGCCUCUUUUGGUCCCGGAAGGAGUUGUGUUCCGGCCCAGGAAGCAGUAUGUAGAGGAGCUUAAGCCUAGAGACUUCCUGGGCAAAGCAGAGGUCAUCAUUUCUGACAUCCCGAAUGAUGACUUUGGUGGUUUUGAACCUCUCAGGUUGCAGAAACCUGGAUAUUAUGAGCCACAGGUUGAAGAGGGCCAAGACUCACGCUACAUGUGUGUGAAGAAGCCGUACAUUGGGAGGAACGCAGCCGAGCUCACUGUACCGGCCGGCGCUUACGUGUACGUGUUCAGUGAAGAGGACAGGGACGGAUUCGUCACGGUUAUAUACGACGGCCAGAGAGGCCUGCUGCCAAACUUCCUUCUCGAAACAGUGAGGAAGAAGACAAAAGACAAGAGAAAGAUGGAGAGCAGCGCUAGUGGGAUUCCUCACCCGCCUAGCAUGAAGCCCCCUACACGCCCACAGGCUGCUGCUCCUCCUUUUCCAGCUGUAGAAUUGCCCUCUUUGUACACCAACAGCACACAAGCCACACCUUUUCCACAGGACAGCAGCACAGCCCUCAGCCCUAAUGCCCAGCAGACGACGGGAGCCGACUCAGUCGUAGUUAAGGUGCACUACACUUACACCAUUGCUCUGAGUGUCCCACUAGAGACACCAUACAGAGAGCUGCGGGAGAGAAUCGCUCAGAAACUAGGACAGCCUGCUGAACUCAUUCGUCUGAGACAUAAGCAGCAUGGCUCUUCUGUCCUGACGCCUCUGGAGGAGGUCGGAGGUGCAAGGAGCCUGGCCGAAGUGGCAGAAGCGGGCCGAGCCACUCUGUGGUGUCAGGCUGAGCAUCCACUGGCCAACAGGACAAUUCUCUACCAGAUGGUGGCACUAUAUGACUACACGGUACAGGGGCCUGAAGACCUGGAGUUCAGUGAGGGAGACACCAUUGACAUCCUCAGUGAAGUGAAUGAAGAAUGGCUAGAAGGACACACAGCUGGAAACAUUGGCAUUUUCCCCAGAUGUUUUGCCUACAGAGACUCUCCGGAGAAAGUCACUGAAGCGACACCACAAGAAAACAUUAAGUAAAAGUAGUGACUGGUUAUAGAUUAAGAUGCUUUUUGUAUUAAAACAUCGACAGACGAUGAAGUACUGUAUAUAUCAUAGCAUUUCAAAUUCUAAUCAUAUUGAUUAUAUGAAAUUUCAGCUGCAUUUAUGUCUGUUUGCACGUUUAUUAGUGUAUGCUAUCGGGGAACUCUACAACAAAUGAUAACAUUAGCUAUGGUAUUUGAUUGGUUACUGUUUUACUCUGUUAAAGGUUAAUUAUGGUGUAAUUAUGAAUAAUUUAUUGUACAGUUUUCAUAGGUGGGGCACGUGAAGGAAUGUAACUUCAAAUAAACUGGAUUG